AUGCCCCAACAGCCGCAAGGCGACCGCAGAAAGCUCGAUGGAAGUGCGUGGUGUGAGCCUCCAAUUGAGCUGUGGGUCAUGCUGUGGGCGAAAAACGUGACGAGCAGCAUGGAAAAUAAGACCAUCAACACGCCAGCAAUUGGACGUGCCUACGAGCAGGCCAAGCAGGAGAUGCUGAACUCACACGGUCGCCCGAUGACGGCUACGCUGCAAAGGGUAGCCGCUCGAAUGACUCGUGCGGAAUUUCCCGCGGCAGGACCGCAGUCGAUGAUUCACGUGGGCAAUGCGCGGCAGACCCCACUCAGCGUCCUAAUGCUGCCGAAGUGA